AUGACUGCAGUAUUAAGAACCAACAAGUACUUCAACUUUGUGGUAUCUAACAGAGAAGAAGACGUGAAUGAUUACUUUAUGAAAGUCGAGGCCCAAAAUUGGCAGUUGAAACACUAUCUAAAUUAUCGUUUGAAAAAUGAAAGUAUAAUUUUACCCUGGUUGACGGUUUAUGAGGAUUGGAAGAGAUCACUAGGAAUUAUCAAAAAUAACACUUAUAAAAAGGUUCCGGGAUGUAUAAGCGGAUUUUGCAACGAACUACUAAACAUUUAUAAUACUUUCGAAGGUUCUAUUGUUCUAAAAAGUUGCGAACAAUGGUAUGAUACUUUCUACGAACGAAACUUCGAUUUACAGCUUGCUGAAAGAAUUAAAGAACUAGAAAAAAGUAUAUUGGACGUAGAAAAAGAUAUUUUUUCCUCCCAGAAAAUGACAAACCUUCUACAAAAUAUUCGAAAAAGAGAAAUUAGAGAAAAUACAAAUGAUACAUCAAUGUCACCCACGAAAGAGGUAGCAACUUUUCCCGAAGCUGUACAAACGUCAAGUAGUUUACAAGCUAACGAUCAAGAGGACCAGGAGUUAGAUGAUGCAGAAAUCGACAAAAUCAUUACAAACAAGGUAUCUGCCUUGCUUUUCUCAAACCUAAAUCUCGAAGAAAUUUGGAUAAAGUCUCUAAAUACUUCCAGGUCAAUCGAAUCCCGAAUUGUGGAUCUCUCAGUUUGGACUAAAAUUGAGUGGAACAGGAUCCUUAAGGCGUCUGAUUAUUCGCAAUUGUUCAUUAAAUCAAGAAAAAAGCUUUCUAAAGACAAGAUUAACAAUGAUGUGCAGGAAUUACUACAUUAUGGAACUGGCCGAAUUCGGUCAUUAAAUGAUCUAAUAACGUGGAAGAAUAAGUUUGUAAACUUAAAAACUUCAUCUGAAGAUUCACAAUUAAUCAUCGAAAUAGUCGAUUUUUUCCAUCGUUGUUUACGAAGAGAAAUCAAUGUCCUCAUCAUGCAACAUCGAGAACGGGACUUUAUUGUCAAGAUUCUUGGCCAGAUAAUUAGCACUCUCUUAGAAGAGUUUGAUAUUGGUACUUUUGAGCUUAACUGGAUCGAGAAGGAGUCUCGUAGUGUCGCAAAUCGAAAACGAAAGGAUGUACACGAAGAAUACGUUACGCUUACUCCCGAAAUGAAAAAAAUGGACUUAAUCAUCUCAUUGCGAAGUCAUCAAGCUGAACUCCUACCACUUGAAGUGGGUAAUACCUCAGGACCAAUGGAUGAUACGAAAUAUCGUAAGGAUCAUUCAAAACUAAAAGUGGUGAUGAAAGAUUGCUUAGAUACGUUGUGGGGCAAAUUACAUUUCAAGAAAAUAGAGCUAGAAGAGGUUUUCGCUCUUGGCAUCCAAAUUACUGGUAUAAGAUGGACUAUUUAUUCCCUUUCCUACGAUAAUUCGCAGAACUUUUAUUUUUUCGUUGAGAUGGCAACACUUAUACUCCCUACGACAUUCUCAGACAUGGAAGACCUUUUGCCAGAUUUUCUGGAGAAUCUUUUAGCAUUACGACACACAUUAAUAGAUCUGGUUAAGAAAAUACGAACAAUCGCUCAAAAACGACUAAAUACGCCAUCUCCACCAUCAUCGCCUUUACACAGUACCACAGAUUCCCCUCCUUCUGUGAAAAAACAAAAACAAGAUCCUUUCGGAAUUUUAGAUAAUCU